UGCACCCCGCUGCACCCUGACUUCAGCUCACUUGCCCUGAAGCCGUGUUUCUCCUCAGGCGGAAGCUGCCGAGCUGCCCUCCCCAUCGGGCAUGCUCAGUCCUCUGGCUGGGUUUUGCCGGACGGGCAGCAGCCGGCCCCAGGGCGUGCGUCCCCAGAGCCCCCCCCCCCCCCGGUCCCUUUAAAUUGGACCAGUAGGUUGUUUGGCAACGGAGCAGCCCGCGCUGGCACUGCACUGCAGUAGCUGUGGCCCCGGCUUGACUGGCCGGGUCAAGAUGGCCAGCACCCAGCCAGAGGCUGUGGCCCGCAGGUGCUGGCCGCCUUCGGAGAAUCGGAGACAAGACUGUCCAGACCACGCCCAAGCUUGCAGCUCAAGCUGGAGGGGUGUGACGGCAUUCUGUGGAAGACCUCAGACCUCAAGAUACGAAGUGGAAGAAGUGCCUAAAACAAUGGAUGAUAGAAAAAAACAUUGGAAGGAGAAUAUGUUUACUCCUUUUUUUAAUGCACAGUAUAUUCUAGAAGAGAUUUCUCAGCCGGAAUCUGUGGAACCAGCUACUGCAGAAAAGACCAAGAGGUUGGAAAGACUUUGUAAUUUGUCCAGCAGAACGUUUCAAGAAACAAGUACAAUUAAGAAGAAAGAAUGUAUUUCUCGAUCAAAUGAGAAAGAACAAGAACACAGUGUAAGAGAGAUAAAUAUAAACAUAACAAAGAAUGCAACAGACACAAAAUCUGCCUGCUGUGUAUUAUCUAGUUCAGAUGUUGCAGCUAAAGAAAGCAUUAAUAGCAGGGAUCACCCUACCUGGCGUAGAAGGGAAGUACCAGUUCAUUUACAGCGACACAGUAGGAAUAAAUAUACCAAAGGUAUGUCAACAAAACUUCGCCUAGAUAUUCUGAAUGAUGAACUUGAAGAACUUAACACGAAAUGCAAAAACAUUGAAAAGGAAUUUGAAACUGCCGAAAAAGAAUUACUGAGCUCCAAAAAUGACACCAUCCCCCUAAAUUUUCAGGGAACAAUUGUGGAUUCUUCAAGGAAAGACUGGGAACUUCAAGCAUUGAGAAACGAUCUGUGUAAAAAAUCAGCCAAUAUACAAAACUUAACUGAGGAGCUCCAGCAAGCCAAAGAAACCAUCUACAAGUUGAACCUAGAGAACCGGAACUUAAGAGAAGCUGUUAGAAAGUUAAAGCAUCAAACUGAAGUUGGAAGCAUACUUCUCAAAGAAGAAAUGAAGCUGUACUAUGAGUUGGAGAUCGAGAAGAUUCGUGCAGAGCUUGAUGCGGUCAAGUAUGAACUAAGAGCUGAGAAGAACCUGCAAGCAAGAAACAACCGAGCCUUAGAGCUGCUUAGAAAACACUUGGCAUCAGCGGUAAUAUCAUCAAGUGUCCAAGAUGGCUUUUGUGGGGAUUUCUUGUGAACUAAAAAAAAUCUGUCAUUGGACAAAUCCUUGAGCCAAA